AUGGAAGUAACCAAUCAGAGGAGAAACACUUCUUUUAUGUGCACCGACCUUUUGAAGGAGUGUCAGCCCUUCACCAUGGCCUCUGUUGAGGGAAACCUUCGAGAGGAGCUGACUUGUGUGAUUUGCUGUGACCUGUUCAGAGAGCCUGUGAUGUUGGCCUGCAUGCACCGCUUCUGCAGAAAGUGCAUCAGCAGGUACUGGAGAGGCACUCCGGGGCCCUUCACCUGCCCCCAGUGCCGCAAACAAUACAACAAUACACAGCUACAGACUGACUACCUUGUGACCGCCAUGGUAGAGAAGGUCAAGGGCUCCUGUUCAUUUGUUAAGAACUAUGAGAAACAAGUUAAAGAGGCAUUGGAGAGUCAUCGGCAGAAAAGAGAGGACAUCAUAAACAUUAUUCAUAAAGACGAAGACAACAUGGAUGCCAUAAAGACAGUGUCGGCUGAUUUGGAGGCGCGUGUGCGAGGCGAGUUCAGAGCUCUUCGUCAGAUCCUGCAGGAGGAGGAGGACUGUGCGCUGGGGCAGCUCAAACGAGAGCAGCAUGAGGAGCUGGAGAAGGUCCGCCAUCAUCUUGAGCCCACGGAGAAAGCCCUGAAGGACCUCGAGGAGAAUAUUAAAGUCCUCGAGAAUACUAACCGCACAAUGGAGCAAUCAUCUCUGACCCAGCUUCCACAGCUCAGGCCAUGCGUCCAAGUGGAAUUGGCUCCCGACUUUGAUGCAGAUGCUUUCAGCCACAAAUAUAUUGCCCCAUUACAAUACAUCGCGUGGAGAAAGAUGUUCAAAUCUCUGAAGCCAGGUCCCUCUCCAUUGUUGUUUGACAUCAACACUGCUCAUCCCAACAUUAUCAUCUCCCAAAACAAAACACUGGCGAUGGAGAGCGAUACUCCGAUUCUUUACAAGGCGCAUCAUAAGCGCUUCCUCCAAUGUGUGAACGUGCUGGCAACACAAGGUUUCCACACCGGCCGCCACUAUUGGGAAGUGGAGCUGGGAUCCAAAUCCAAGUGGGACCUCGGAGUGGCCUCUGAAGCCGUGGACAGACAUGCUCGCGUCAAGUUGAGCCCCGGAAACGGCUACUGGACGCUCCGGCUGCGAAACAAAGGGGAAUACUUUGCCGGGACGCAGCCGUGGACGCGCCUGCAGCUCAGCGCCCCCCUACACAGAGUGGGAGUGUUUCUCGACUGUGACGACAAAAGAGUGUCUUUCUACAACGCUGAUGAUAUGGGCCUUAUUUAUUCGUUCACCGAUGGGCCACGUGGAAAGGUCUACCCCUUUUUCAGCCCAUGUAUCAGCAACAGUCCGAAACCAGAGCCCAUCCAGCUGCUCCACUAUCCUCCAGUCGCCUUCUCUGGCUAA